UUUGCUCUCUAGGCUUCUAUAUUCAAAGCAUCCCAAAGCAAAAGUAUCAAAUUAACUAGCUAGCUUUUCUUUUCCAUAACAUUGCCCAUAAAUGUGCUCCAUUGCAUUCUUGAAAUCAUUCUUGUUCGUUGCCUUGACUGUUCAGUUUCAGUGACACUGUUGCAGCGGAGUUAAGGGUCGAUCAGCAAUGCUCGAUUGGGCACCGAUUCUGAUAGGGCUAUUGCUCUUCAUACUGCUCUCCCCUGGCCUCCUCUUCCAGCUUCCAGGGAACACCAGGACAGUGGAAUUUGGCAACUUCCAAACAAAUGGGAAAGCCGUUAUGAUCCACACACUCCUCUUUUUUGGUCUCUUCACCAUCCUCAUCUUGGCACUCGGCAUCCACAUCUACACUGGCUAAAUUUUUGUAUGCAGAAACCAUUGAUCACUGAUCAUCAUAUGAUCAGACCUUGGUUUCACAUUAUAUUUUAAAAAU